GUUUGAGAGCUUUCUUCCUCUUUUUUCUACUUUUUAAAAUCGAACUGUACUCCUCUGCUGUUCCUUUGAACUCCGUUGGAUGAGAGGGGAAUUCUCCCCAGACCCUGCACUGGAGCCCUUGGCCAAGCUGCCCAGCAAGAUGCAAUGGCUCACGAGCUUUCUCGUCUGGUUCUUUCUUUCCAAGGCACAAGCCUUCGAAAUCCCCACCAAUGGACUCCCAGAAUUUGCAGAAUAUGAAGAUCUUGUGGAACUGGCUCCAGGCAGAUUUCAAUUUGUGCCCGAGAACCGGAGGCAUCAGAGAAGUGUUUCUGGAGAAUCUGGAGAAGCCAUGGAAGAUGUUGAUCAAGUAACUCUUUAUAGCUACAAAGUCCAAUCCACUAUUACUUCUCGUAUGGCCAACACCAUGAUUCAGACCAAAGUGGUGAACAACUCCCCACAGCCUCAGGAUGUUGUGUUUGAUGUUCAGAUUCCCAAAGGAGCCUUCAUUUCCAACUUCUCCAUGAGUGUAGAUGGCACUACAUUCACUAGUUCCAUUAAGGAGAAAACCGUGGGUAGAGCCCUCUACUCACAGGCAAGAGCAAAAGACAAAAGCACCGGAUUGGUGAGGAGCAGGGUUCUUGAUAUGGAGAACUUUAAAACCGAAGUGAACAUCCGACCUGGAGCAAAGGUGCAGUUUGAACUUCAUUACCAGGAAGUGAAGUGGAGGAAGCUGGGGUCCUAUGAACACAGACUUCAUCUGAAUCCAGGACGACUGGCCAAACACUUGGAGGUAGAUGUGUGGAUCAUUGAACCUCAGGGGUUGAAGUUUCUUCAUGUUCCUGACACAUCCGAUGGCCAUUUCGAUGGUGUGCCAGUCAUAUCUAAAAGAGACCAGAAGGCCCAUGUGUCCUUCAAGCCCACAGUAGCACAACAAAGAAAAUGCUCUAACUGCUCCGAGACUGCGGUGGAAGGAGAGCUGGUGGUGGUGUAUGACGUGAAGAGAGAGGAGAGUGCUGGGGAACUUGAGGUAUUUAAUGGAUAUUUUGUCCACUUUUUUGCUCCUGAAAACAUGGACCCAAUUCCCAAAAACAUCCUCUUUGUCAUUGAUGUCAGCGGCUCAAUGUGGGGAGUAAAAAUGAAACAAACAGUGGAAGCAAUGAAAACCAUAUUGGAUGACCUGAGAACUGAUGACCAAUUCUCUGUGGUUGAUUUCAACCACAAUGUGCGAACCUGGAGAAAUGAUUUAGUCUCAGCUACUACAACACAAGUUGCAGAUGCCAAGAAGUAUAUUGAGAAAAUCCAGCCUAAUGGAGGCACAAAUAUCAACGAGGCACUCCUGCGGGCCAUCUUUAUUUUGAAUGAAGCCAAUAAUAUGGGACUGCUGGACCCCAACUCAGUCUCUCUGAUCAUUUUGGUUUCUGACGGUGAUCCAACAGUAGGUGAACUAAAGUUGUCAAAAAUUCAGAAAAAUGUAAAGCAGAACAUACGAGACAACAUAUCCUUGUUCAGUUUGGGGAUAGGGUUUGAUGUUGAUUAUGAUUUUCUGAAGAGACUAUCCAUUGACAACCGAGGAAUUGCUCAAAGGAUUUAUGGAAACCAGGACACAUCUUUACAGCUCAAGAAAUUCUACAACCAGGUCUCUACUCCAAUGCUCCGGAAUGUUCAGUUCAACUAUCCCCAUACGUCAGUCACGGACGUCACUCAAAACAGUUUCCAUAACUAUUUCGGAGGCUCAGAGAUUGUGGUGGCAGGAAAAUUUGACCCUGCAAAAUCAGAGCAAUUACAGAGCAUUAUCACGGCAACUUCGGCCAGCACAGAGUUAGUCUUGGAGACCCUGGCCCAAAUGGAUGAGUUGGAGGAUUUUCUAUCAAAAGACAAGCAUGCAGAUCCUGAUUUCACCAGGAAAUUGUGGGCCUAUCUGACCAUCAACCAACUCCUAGCUGAGCGAAGCCUGGCUCCUACUGCUGCUGUCAAAAGGAAAAUUACAAAAACAAUCCUGCAGAUGUCACUGGAACAUCACAUAGUGACCCCACUCACUGCCAUGGUGAUUGAGAAUGAAGAUGGGAAUGAGCGCAUGCUGGCCGACGCCCCUCCACAAGACCAUUCUUGCUGCUCAGGUGCCCUGUAUUAUGGCAGCAAAGUUGCUCCAAGUCCACUCCCAUCUUGGGUCCACCCGUCACCAACACCAAGGAUCCCAAUGCCUGUGAAAGGAGCUUCUGUACUUGAGAGCACUCCUCCUCCACAUGUGAUGAGAGUUGAAAAUGACCCACACUUCAUCAUUUACCUACCAAAAAGCCAAAAGAAUAUUUGCUUCAACAUUGACUCAGAACCUGGAAAAAUCCUCAACCUUGUUUCUGAUCCAGAAUCAGGGAUUUUGGUCAAUGGACAACUCAUUGGUGCUAAGAAGCCCAAGAAUAAAAAACUAAGCACCUAUUUUGGAAAACUGGGAUUUUAUUUUCAACGUGAAGAUGUGAAAAUAGAAGUUAGCACUGAGACCAUCACCUUGAGCCAGGGCACCCGUACGUCAUUCUUAUCCUGGUCUGACACAGCUCAGGUCAUUAACCAGAGGGUGCUGGUCUCAGUGAAGAAAGAGAAAACUGUGACGAUUACCCUGGAUAAGGAAAUGUCAUUCUCUGUGUUACUUCAUCGUGUUUGGAAGAAGCAUCCAAUCAACGUAGACUUUUUGGGGAUCUACAUUCCCUCCACAAACAAGUUUUCACCUAAAGCACAUGGACUAAUAGGCCAGUUCAUGCAUGAGCCAAAGAUACACAUCUUCAAUGAACGACCUGGGAAGAACCCUGAGAAGCCAGAGGCGAACAUGGAGGUGAAAGGACAUAAGCUGGUUGUCACAAGAGGUCUGCAGAAAGAUUACCGAACAGAUAGAGUAUUUGGAACAGAUGUUCCCUGCUGGUUUGUACACAACAGUGGGAAGGGUUUCAUCGAUGGCCACUACAAGGAUUACUUUGUGCCUCAGCUCUACAGCUUCCUUCAAUGGCCUUAAAGGUUUUUAGUUUUGGAAAUUAAAUGUAUAUACAUUUUCCUCUG